AUGGCUUCUACUUCACGCCUAACAUUUGCGUCUGCCUGGGGGUUCGAGAGUACAGGGGUCAAAGAGCUUGAGCACGAGUUUAGGAAAACCGGUAUCUCUGACUGUCAGGGUGACUACAACAAGACAGAUGAUGUUCUUGUGUUGGAAGGCCGCCUACAAGGCUCUCUUUCUACAGCUGCCGGCAUCUUGUCGCGUUACGUCGAGGAACAUGAAAACAAGGACCUCCUAGAUGUUCCCCGUAUCUACCGCCUCGAAGUCCCUGCCAUACUACAAGAUGGCCCGAUCCCCGGUUUGAGCCAGGACGCGAACACCCAAGAAGGCGACCUCUUGGCUCUCGGUACCUCCCAGGAUGGGGAGCCAAUUCCUCAUCCUAGGGUCACCAAGACCUGGGUCUCCCAGGAAGGUGGCGCAGGCUGCUAUCCUCAAUUCCACAGCAUGCUCUCGGAGAUCUCAAAACUGACAGGCACGGAGAUCGCCGUUGCUGAAGAUCUCAAGGGCAUUCGGGUGUCAGGAAGGAACGAGAACGAUGUGGAGGAUGCUUUGGCGAAAAUCAGUAGAACACAUCAACCGCUGGUACGCGAUCGAUGA